UCUGGAAACUGGCAGAUCGAGCGUGGAUCCUACUGCCUGUGGCCGGGACCCAAGGCAUUCUUCCCUCGGCUUCCAAUAAUUGCUGUUUCCAAAAUAAAGCAGGGGGCACAUAAUUCUUCCAUAAUGUCGUUCUUAUUUGAAUGGAUCUAUAAUGGCUUCAGCAGUGUGCUGCAGUUCCUAGGAUUGUACAAGAAGUCUGGAAAAUUAGUUUUCUUGGGUUUGGAUAAUGCAGGCAAAACUACUCUUCUUCACAUGCUAAAGGAUGACCGAUUGGGUCAACAUGUUCCCACAUUGCAUCCAACAUCAGAAGAAUUAACAAUUGCAGGAAUGACUUUCACCACUUUUGAUCUUGGUGGCCAUGAGCAAGCUCGGCGUGUCUGGAAGAAUUAUUUUCCAGCAAUUAAUGGGAUUGUCUUUUUAGUGGAUUGUGCAGAUCACCCCCGUCUUAUGGAGUCUAAAGUGGAGCUCAAUGCGCUAAUGACUGAUGAAACAAUAUCCAAUGUGCCAAUUCUUAUCUUGGGUAACAAAAUUGACCGACCAGAAGCUAUCAGUGAGGAGAAACUGCGAGAGAUUUUUGGUCUUUAUGGACAGACAACAGGAAAGGGGAAUGUGCCACUGAAGGACUUGAACACACGUCCCAUGGAAGUGUUCAUGUGCAGUGUACUGAAGAGGCAAGGCUACGGUGAAGGUUUUCGUUGGCUGUCACAGUAUAUUGACUGAUACUGGAGAGACAAAUCUAUUCCUGGACUGAUCCUGUUCACAAAUUCCUUAUGGACUUUUCUAUUAGAACAUGGAAGACUCUCCAUCUGCAUACUGGCAAUGACCAAGAGACUCCUUUCUUCAGUUACCCUAUAUCACAGUGGUGACACAAUUCUUUUCCCUGUGUCUGGGAGAUAACAUUCUGUACACUGGUGCAGGUUGUCACUUCCAGUGGCCAUUGUUUCCUAUGGAAACCAUGGCUUUCAGUUACAAUGGGAUGGGUGAGCUGGAAUGCCAAGCUCUGGGUGUGGCCCUCUUGUGGCUGGAAAAGAGAACAUGUCUCACCACUGUGGCCAAUUGAUUUCAAAGAAAGCAACUAUAUUUUUUAAAGAAAGUGUUUGAUGUAAAUGGUGUCCCUUUAGAUUUCUUAAGUUAGCAUUCAUCCUGUUCGGGCCCAGAGUCUGUUAGGAUUUUUUUUAAUCUAUUUAAUGGUAUUUAGGUGGUUCCCAAAUGACUGAACCAGCUAUCAUGAUAUUCAAAAUCUUUAGCAAACAGAGAGAUGGCUUUCAUUGCCCUAUAAGGUGGUUGCGCUGUCACACUGCUUGAUCAUGAAGAUGGUGCUAUUGGGACUGACUUGUGCAAUGAUUUUUCUUUAAUUUACAGGGAAUUUAGUUGGGAGGGAAAUGGAGUACACCCAGAGGCAUACUUAUUCUAGCCUUCCUUGUCAUUAUGUGUAGGAGUCUGAAAUGUGGUUGAUCCCUUUUGCCCACCUCUAAAAGUUACGAUCACUUUCCCAAUUGGCAGUCUUUUUUAUUUCUUCUUCUUUGCAGCACCAGCAGAAAGUUUGUCUUGGACCUACAAUACAAGAUGUUCUACAUUGCAGGCAACUGCAAAAAAAAAAAAAAAAGGCAGUAGAAAUCAUGAAUUUAUUUUGUUGGGUUAUUGUAGCAUUAAAUUGUUCCAACAAGUGCGUAUCAAAUGCUGUUAAUGUAAACUAACCCUGUUUCUUUUAUACUCAA